UCUCAACUUUUUUUUCUCUGUUCUUGAUAUUUUUUUUCAAGCCUAGUUUUGUUUGAUUUCAAAAAGUGUUUAUUUUUUAGUCAUUAUUUUCUUUUUUGGUUCAAAAAAAGAACCAAAAAAGACCAUUUUUAAGCAAGAAGAAGUCAUGGAAUUGAAGGAUAUGGUGGUUCUUGUGUCACGCUCCGGACGGCAUUUGCAACGUUACAACAAGGGUCGUCGCCAAGUUGUAGGAUGUAUACCUUACAGAUAUAAAGACUUCAUCGAGUUAUCGUUGGUAGAUGAAGAUGCAUUUGAAGUUCUUCUAAUAAGUCCACAAAGAAAAGGCAAAGGAUUGUUAUUCCCAAAGGGAGGUUGGGAAGAAGAUGAAACGAUUGAGGAUGCAGCACAACGUGAGACAAUAGAGGAAGCCGGAGUACGAGGUGAAGUUGAGUGUAAACUUGGAACAUGGUACUUUGAGAACAAAGCCGGUGACACUGCCUAUGAAGGACAUAUGUUUCCUCUGUUCGUAACAGAGGAACUAGACUAUUGGCCUGAGAAAGAGAUACGCGAAAGAACUUGGAUGAAUGUGCGCGAAGCAAGAAAACUAUGUCAAAAUGGAUGGAUGAACGAAGCAUUGGAAGUAUUAGUAACUCGUCUCACAUCACAAAUAAGCAAGCAGACUAAAGGGGAACUAUUUCCAGGAAUCGAACGUACCUCAAGUGGUAGAACAACUAUUCUUCCAUGGGGAUGUAGAGCUCAAAUACUUUCUCCACCACUAUCAAAUUCUACUGAAGAAGCAUAAUCGAUCGAUCCACUACUGAACCAACAUGGUUGAAGUAGUUUGUGAAUAGGAAUUAAUCGUUGAUAAUGGGUAAAUCUAGCACGCGGAUUAAGUAGUUCAUGAGAGUAACAACUCCAAUUUUAAAAGAACAAAUAAAAAAAUAAAUUGUAGUAGAGGUUAGUCAUAGGAGUAUGU